AUGGUUAGUGGCAACAAAGACCCGAGCGACCUGAAAAAGACACCGCCGAAGCAGCGCGAAAAGAAGACUAAUAAUUACAUAAGAGCUAAUUUCUUGUCCCGAACAUGGUUCGUCUGGAUGAUGCCCACUUUCUGGCGGGGCUUCAAAAGAGACCUGUACGACUCUGACCUCUCCAAGCCCAAGGAAAGCCAUCACUCUGACAAACUUGGGGAUCGCUUGGAAAAGAAAUGGCUGGAAGAAAUAGCAUUGGCACACAAGAAAGGGCGCAAACCGUCGCUCCUGCGUGCCAUGACGAAGGCAUUCUGGAUGAGUUACGCGCCUUCUGGAAUAAUGUUCUUGAUCCAAGCACUACUUCUCAAACCUUUCCAACCUGUAGCGCUGAGUAUGAUGUUAACCUACUGGGAGCCGGGAUCCAAUAUGACGUACGAGCAAGCUGUGUAUUGCGCAUCAGCUGUAAUUCUGAUGUCGCUGUUAAUCGGCUUCCUCAACCACCAUGGAGCCUAUUCCACCCAACAAUUCGGCAUGAAAGUCCGAAUAGCAACUUGCUCUCUCAUUUAUAGAAAGGUCAUGCGUAUGAGCUCUGGUGCCUUAGCGAAAACCACCGCGGGUCAAGUUGUAAAUCUCCUUUCAAACGAUGUGAACCGUUUCGACUACGCCUUCAUCUAUGCACAUUUCAUCUGGCUGCUGCCGCUGCAAGUGGUUGUCGUAUGCUACCUCAUUUACAUUAAAAUUGGAUACGCUGCAAUCGUGGGAGUUGUCGGUAUCGUUUUGCAAACAAUACCAGUACAAUCAUACAUGAGCAAAUUGGCAGCUCGACUACGUAUGAAGACUGCAUGUAAGACUGACGAACGCGUGCGAAUUAUGGACGAAAUAAUUAGUGGCAUGCAGGUCAUCAAAAUGUACGCAUGGGAAAAACCAUUCGAACAAGUGGUAGCACUUGCGCGUAAGAACGAAAUCAACUGCAUAACAUCAGCUUCCUACCUGCGGGGAGUUUACCUGAGCUUCAUGGUGUUCACGGAAAGGCUCUCCCUCUACAUCACUCUCCUCUCUUACUCCCUGUUCGGAUACCAAGUAACUGCCGACAUAGUAUUUCCAUUGGCGCAAUUCUUCAACACACUACAAGGCACCCUAUCGAUUAUCAUGUCGAACGCUGUUUCGUUCUUAGCUGAGGCAGUGAUAUCAGUGCAACGCCUCGAGGCGUUCAUGCUGCUCGAUGAACGUGAAGACCUUCGUAGCGUCGCUGAAGUUGAUAUUGCGAAACUGGUACAGAGUGUAGAAAAGAAGAAAACGAAGAAUUUGAGCGAAGAGGACCUCUGUCAGAACACAUUCAAGAAAAUCGACGAGGAAGGUAUCUUUAACCCAAGCUUUGACUGCAACGAAAAGGGGCUCUUGAAACAGACAUUAUGUUCGUUAAAUCCAGAUGUGGGUAUUCAAAUCCAGGAUGUUUGCGCCAGCUGGACUGAAGACGGACCCGUUACUCUACGUAAUAUUAAUAUCACAAUUCCUAAGGGAAAACUUUGCGCCAUCAUUGGCUCCGUGGGUUCUGGAAAGAGUUCUAUACUUCACCUUCUUCUGAAUGAAUUAAGGCCCACAAGUGGCCGGAUACACCUAUCAGGACCUCUAUCAUAUGCAAGUCAGGAGCCUUGGCUUUUUGUGGCCACUGUACGUCAAAACAUACUAUUUGGUUUACCAUAUAAUUCCAAGAAGUACAAGGAGGUCGUAAGAGUCUGUGCUCUACAAAAAGAUUUCCAACAAUUUCCACACGGCGACCAGACUCUCGUCGGUGAGAGAGGAGCAUCGCUCUCUGGAGGUCAACGAGCUCGGAUCAAUUUAGCCAGAGCAGUUUACAGACAAGCUGACAUAUAUCUACUUGACGAUCCACUAUCCGCGGUGGACGCCCAUGUUGGAAGACAACUAUUCGAUGAAUGCAUUGGAGGAUACCUGCGGCAUACUACACGAGUACUAGUCACCCAUCAACUGCAUUACCUCAAGGAUGCCGACUAUAUCCUCAUUAUGAAUAACGGUAGCAUAGAAGCUAAAGGCACGUAUAAUGAAUUGAUGACGUCCGGUUUAGACUUCGCCAAAUUGUUGAGUUCGAGUCACGACGCAGAUGAUGACAGCAAAGAUAAAGAGAAACCGCCUCCCAUGGCCAGACGAACUUCCUCCAGAUUAUCUACUACUCGUCGUCCUUCUCUUACUGAAUCAACAACAGGCUGUGACAUUCCUGCUCAAGAAAUGGAAGAAGAGGAACGAGAAUCUGGCUCAAUGGGUUGGCACGUGUACGGCGCAUAUAUGAGAGCUGGUGGCAAAACCGCACGACUUAUAUUUAUGGUCGUACUUUUAGUAGUUGGACAACUCUCCGCUACGCUUUGCGAUUAUUGGGUUACUUUCUGGACAAACGAGGUGACACGAAUGAAAGAAAGAGAAAACAGCAACAGUACAACCAAAGAUUAUGACAGACUUAUAACACCAAAAAAUGGCACGUUUAACUUCUCCAGUUAUUUCGCUGGCAUUGAACAAACAGCAGAUUUGGAAAUCGAUGCCAAUAUCGGACCCUUGAACACGACUCAAUACUUAUACAUAUACUCGGCAUUGAUAGUUUGCUGCAUCUUCUUCAUCACUGCUCGGGCUUUCAUGUUCUUCAAAGUUUGCAUGACUGCCUCACGUAAUCUGCAUAAUGAUAUGUUCCACUCUAUGCUAAGAGGAGUCAUGAGGUUCUUCGACACUAACUCUUCUGGUCGUAUUCUAAAUAGAUUUUCUAAAGACAUCGGUGCCUUAGACGAACUUCUACCGCGGUUCUUGCUAGAGUGUAUACAAAUUUAUCUGGUUAUGUUCAGCAUUCUGACUCUAAAUGCAGCGGCGCUAGUAUGGACUCUUCUACCCACUACCAUCAUACUUCUUCUGUUUUACACUAUACUGCAAAUUUAUUUGAAAUCGGCCCAAUCAAUUAAACGAUUGGAAGGCACGACUCGUAGCCCGGUAUUCUCACACAUGUCGGCAACACUUAAUGGUAUAAGUACCAUCCGUUCGUCGGGCGCUCAACAGAGGCUCAUCACUGAGUUUGACAAAUUUCAGGAUAUCCAUACGUCCACGUGGAGUAGUUACUUGGCAAGUGGUGUAACACUCGGAUUCUGGCUUGACUUCAUCUGCGUGCUGUACCUUGCUAUAGUGAUUGUUGCGUUCCUCGUUAUUGACAGCAAAACUAUCUUUUCGGGCAACGUCGGGUUGGCAAUAUCGCAAACGUUGAUUCUUACGGGCAUGUUGCAAUUCGGCGUACGGCAGACAGCCGAAGUGAUCUCACAGAUGACCAGUGUGGAACGAAUCUUACAAUAUACUCACAUUGAACGUGAAAGUCAAUGGGAGAAAGGAGAGCGUGAAACACCAAAGGGCUGGCCGUCACGCGGCCGCAUCGAAUUCCGCAAUUGCUACAUGAAGUAUACACCAGAAGACCUACCCGUGCUCAAGAACCUUAACUUAAUCCUUGAAAGCGGAUGGAAGGUGGGUAUAGUGGGUCGCACCGGCGCUGGUAAAUCGUCUCUCAUCUCAUCAUUGUUCCGGCUAGCCAUAGUGGAAGGUGAAAUCCUCAUCGACGAUGUCAACACAGGCCAUUUGGCUUUACAAGAGCUGCGUUCCAAGAUCUCAAUAAUUCCUCAAGAACCUGUACUCUUCUCGGCAACGGUGAGGUACAACCUCGAUCCCUUCAACAAUUACGACGACGACCAACUCUGGAAUGCACUCGAAGCCGUGGAUUUAAAAGAAGCUGUACCCGCGCUGGACUUCAAGGUUUCGGAGGGUGGAUCGAACUUCUCUCUUGGACAACGGCAGCUGGUGUGUCUAGCGCGAGCCAUAUUGCGAGGCAAUCGUAUCUUAGUACUCGACGAGGCCACUGCCAACGUCGACCCCAAAACCGAUGAAUUUAUCCAAAAGACGAUACGGAAGCGAUUCGCUGAAUGCACGGUGUUGACCGUAGCUCACCGCCUUAAUACCAUCAUGGAUUCAGAUCGAGUUAUGGUGAUGGACGCGGGACGUCUAGUGGAAUUUGAUCACCCCUAUUGCCUACUCACCAACCCUAACUCGCACUUCACAAAAAUGGUGAACGAAACCAGUGACAAAAUGUCGGCACAACUCUAUCAGAUCGCGAAAGACACGUACAUAAAAAAUGGAGGCGUCAUAGAGUAG